AUGGUGCAGCGACGUUUGCUUGUAGAAUGGGAAGGGGCUGUGGGAAGGACAUCGGCGGACAAAGAACUGUGCGGGCAGAUGAUACUUCUCGGUGGUUCCACUACAAUGAGUGAUGAACUGACGGUCACGGUUAACCGUUUAGAGACCGGAGUGUAUGGUUUUCAGGUCCAAGCUCUUCAACUACCUCCUCCCAUGGAGGAAGCCGGUAUCCAUGCUUUCGUAAAUAUGAAGAUUGUCAUUCGGCGCCUAGCUGCCAUGCUAACGGAAGGAGGCACGACGGCUGGGAUACUACCAUGUUGCCCAAGCCUAGACAAAAGCAGGUGGGAUGCUGAGGUUGGGUUCGAACCAAAGAUCUGCCAGUCCCAAAGCUGGCUCAAAAUGUGGACAUGCUGGUCGCCUGCAUUCACACUCCCAUCGCAGAGGAGACCACAACUUUACCUCCAGGCCGCAGUAGUGUCAUCCAGUCUGCCUUGUGGCAUCUUCCGGUUGGAACCUGCCACAGUAAACAUCGAUCAUCCGGGAAAGGAGCACUUGGCCUAUCAAGAGUAG